AUGCCUCCCCGCGGAACAGGUCGUGGUCGUGGCCGUGGCCGAGGUCGUGGCAAGGCCCCAGCAGCCCCAGCUCCUCCCAGUCGUUCGCCCACUCCAUCUGAGGUUGAGAGUGUGAUUUCCAGCUCGGACGAUGAGCAGGAGGAAACCUCUAGUGCACCUGAAUUCUCGCCAGCAGCUCGCUCGGUGAUCACUGGUUCCGAGACUCCUACUCCCAGCGCUCCCAGCACUCCCACCCCCAGUGGACCCACUUCUCUUGCUGGUCUCCGCCGUGCCCUUACCGGUGGAGUCAGGAAGAAGAACCGCCCCCUUCGCCCUGUCGCCUAUCUCCGCCAUGUGGCGUGGUGCAUGCACUGUUUCCGGACUUUCUUGGAGAACUGGGACACCAGUGGACCACCAGUGAUCCCCUGCUGGGACGACGGCUUGUCGUCGAAGAGAUGCCGUCAGUGCGCCAGCCGCAAUAAGAAUUGCGAGCCUGUAAACGAAGGUAUCCUUGGUGAUGCGAUGCGUCUCCAGUGCAUUCUCGACUGGGCCAAGCCUUUCUGGGACAAUGAGGACGAUAACGAAGUUUUCGAUUUGGACAAUGCUGUCUUUGGUGACCUGGUCCAGGCUGUUCAGGCCCUGCUCGCCGGUUUCAACGUCCUCUUAGAUGGUCACCGUAAGCAGUUUGGCAUUGCUUCAGAUAAGAAGCCAGCGAAGGACAUCGCCAAGUCCUACGAAGCAGUUGUCCACAACCGUCGUGGAUUGCUCCAGCCAAUCCCUGUCACUGUCGGUAUGUCGUCGCUUCGCCGUCUCGUCGCUGAAGCUUCGACUUACCCCGGUGCACGUCUUUCGGAUGAUGGUUACCAUGCUUGGGCUUUUGCUGUGCGAACUUUUCGUUCCGCUGUUGUUGAGAUUGUGGCUAGCCAGGAGAAGUACGAUAACCUCUCUAACCCCCAGUACGACCAGCUUGAGGCAGAUGUGGUCAAGGAUUUCCCCGUUGAGGACUACCUUGUUUAG